GUCAGCGCCGCGGCCGCGCCCCGCCGCCGGCGCCUGCGGCCCGCGCCGCCCGCACCGUUGGUGGAAGGAGGCGCCGCUCAAGCCCGGGGCGGGCCCGCCGCCGCCGCCAUUGGCGGCCCGGCCGUGCCACUCAGCGCCGCCGGGGCGUGGGCGGCGGCGGCGCUGGGCCGGGGGGAGCCGCGAGGCCGGGAGCGGGGUAGGCUGCGCCCGUACUUAAGCGGGCUGCCCGAGCCGCUGACGUCUUUCGAAUUGGAGACGGGGCUGCCCCCUCCCGCCGCGGGUUCCCGCGGACGCGGCCGGGGACGGAGGUGCAAGCAUCCAUCUAGAAGGUCCAGACAUGCGCAACAGCUUAGAGACCAUAAUACAAACCCAUGUGUAGUGGAAACAGAUGCCUCUAGAAAAUGUAUGGAUGACAACUAUGACAAGAGUAUGUGUACUGAUUAUUUUUUGAAGUACAAAAGCUGCAGAAAAUUCUGGCGUGGUAUUAAGAUGCAAAGGAGAAGAAAUGAUGUGAAACCAGAGAUGCCUUCGGCAGAAGAGCAAAAGAAAAUGUUGGAAUCAAUAGGGAAGCCCUGCUGACUACAAACUGGCAUUGUUUUACUCUUUUCACUGUACAUAUGAAGACUUGUCAGCAGCAAGCUUCUUAAACUGGCAACUUUACUGUUGCCAUAUCUGGAAUUAAAAUAAGCUCUUGAAUUUUGAAA